AUGAGGCUCAGAAAUUUGCAGAAGUUAAAGCCAACCUACAAGGGAAAACUGCUGGUAACAGAAUUUCAUUUUUAAUGUGGGCCAGUGCGCUCACAGUAAAAAAUGAUGACAGAGGUUAUCUAAGUGGGCUAGACUGCCCAGGUAGAUUCUGAACAUCUGGGCGGCCUCAUCUUCAGGUCUGCAUACAGGCGCCUGGCCGGAGUGGGCCUCAUCUUGGGAGAAUUGUAAAGAUUGCGUAAGAAACCUCACCCUGGAAAAAAUGACAACAGAUUCCCUUGUCUCUGUUAGUCUCAGGGCAUCAUAGGACAAUGAGGGAAGACUACGGAGAAAAAAUAAGAAUUUGGAGCCGAAGUCCCCUGCGGCAACAGAGAGAAAGACUUGAACCGUCAGAAAUCAGGAAGCCAGUGAGAGAGGAGAAACCAGAAGAAAAGGAUCCUUUGUCAGAUCUACAGGAUAUCAGUGACAGUGAACGAAAAACCAGCUCAGCUGAAACAUCAUCAGGGGAAUCAGGAUCGGCUUCAGAAGAAGAGGAGGAGGAAGAGGAGGAGGAGGAGGAAGAAUCCAGCAGCGAAGAGUCUGAGGAAGAAGAAGAGGAAGAGGAGGAAGAAGAAGAGGAAACAGGAAGCAUUUCGGAGGAAAUAUCCGAACAGUCAGCUGAAGAGGUGAUCAGAAGGAAGAAGGAGAGCCCAACCGUGCCAAUCUCCCCCCCCCCCAAAAAAAGACCCCAAAAGACAAUUGUACUAGAGAAUGAAUCACAAUUGCAAGAUUAUUUCUGCAGAAAAGAAAUCUAUGACUGCCAUUACAUGCUGUCAAGUACAACUGAACCUCAAGUGAUAGUACAAAAACAAGGAACAUUCACAAAUUGUGUGCCUCAUUGUUUAAGAAAAGUUUGA